UAGUUUUGAAACCGUGAUUGUUUUAAAAGUGCGCUGGGAUCUGGAGGUGCGACAGAGUGUGGUGUUGCAGCCUGGCUGUGAGUCACGGGCCAAGGUUUGUGGAACAUGAUUAUGGGAUGAGGGGACGGGACGCUGCCUCAGUCUCAGCCCAACCACAGCAGGAGCAUCAGUGCUGCGCGGAUGCAGCAGCAGCACCUUCUCUCCUCUCCGGCGCGCGCGGCUGGACCACUGGAUGAUGCUGCCGGAGGAUCCAGACGGAGCCCUGCGACAGUCCCUCCCUCGCUUCUCCACCACAGAAAUGACAACCGGAGGCCAGAGCUCCGGGCGAAGUGUGCCGCCGAGGGCGCGUUAACUUGGCGCGGAUGCGGCUCCUCAGAAGUUGCGGGCGCAUGACUCUCGACUUGGAGGCUUUCCACGCUCGACAUUUGGGCAGAGAUGGAGGCUCCGCGGCUCAACAUGUGGCUCUCCCCACGUCACGGCAUCUGAGACAGUGAUGGACUGAACGCCACCACAAUGGAUGAAAGAUCCAGCAAGCUCGUCUUGGUUCCGAUUCUGGCCGUGCUCUUUGUUAUGAUCGGUUAUCAGUACAUCUGUCCUGCAGGAGGCAACUCGUGCCAUCUCAGGACGGAGGAGUCGGUGCGGGGUGUGAGCCUGCUCUCCUCCUCCUCGGACCCGGACAGCGAUGACAGCGACGACUACCGGGACCAGGACCUGGAGGACGACGGUCCGCCCAAGCUGCCUUCCAAAUUCAACUUCACCGCGCGAGACCUGGACCGGCACGUGGAGUUCAACAUCAAGGGCGACGACGUGAUCGUGUUCCUGCACAUCCAGAAGACCGGGGGGACCACGUUCGGACGGCACCUGGUGAGGAAUAUCCGCCUGGAGCAGCCGUGCGACUGCAAGCCGGGACAGAAGAAGUGCACGUGCCACCGGCCGGGCAAGGACGAGUCCUGGCUCUUCUCCCGCUUCUCCACCGGGUGGAGUUGCGGGCUGCACGCGGACUGGACCGAGCUGACGAACUGUGUUCCGGUCGUCAUGGGCAAGAAGGAGGCGCAGAGGAACAAAAGAAACUUCUACUACAUCACGAUGCUGCGCGACCCCGUCUCCCGCUACCUGAGCGAGUGGAAGCACGUCCAGAGAGGGGCCACGUGGAAGACUGCCCUCCAUAUGUGUGACGGACGCUCGCCGACCCAGGACGAGCUGCCCACCUGCUACAGCGGCGACGACUGGUCCGGGGUCACCCUGACAGAGUUCAUGAAGUGUCCGUCAAACCUGGCCAACAACCGACAGGUUCGCAUGCUGUCUGACCUCAGCCUGGUGGGCUGCUACAACCUGUCCUCCAUGAACCAGAGCCAGCGCAACCACAUCCUCCUCAGCAGUGCCAAGAACAACCUCAAGAACAUGGCCUUCUACGGCCUGACGGAGUUCCAGCGGAAAACUCAGUACCUGUUUGAGCGGACGUUCAGUCUUCGCUUCAUCUCGGCGUUCACGCAGAUCAACAGCACGCGCGCGGCUAACGUGGACCUGAGCGAGUCCAUCCGCCGCCGCAUCGAGGAGCUCAACUUCCUGGACGUGCAGCUGUACGAGUACGCCAAGGACCUGUUCCUGCAGCGCUUCCAGUUCAGCCGCCAGAGGCAGCAUCGGGAGGUCCGCUUAAAGAGACGUGAGGAGCGGCGCUGGCUGAAGGAGCAGAGGCAGCAGACCUGGCCGUGGUCGCCCAAACACAGAGGAGCCAAGGGGGAUGGAAGGCUUGACAAAGACGGAGACUUUCCCGCGACCACCGAGGACUACACGAGCCAGGUGGCCCGUUGGUGAGGCCGCCAUGCAUCAGUCUCCUUCGCUCUCGUUGGCUCUUCAUGAGCCGCAAUUCGCUGUCUUAAACUCUCGGACCGCUCGACUUCUGCCUUGGUUGAUGAGGAGAUUUUAAAAAAAGCUGCCGUGGACGUUGUUUCACUUUCACUGCAAACCUGAAUGUCUUUGUUGUGUUUGUUCUGAAAGCAGUAGAUGUUAGAAGAGCUGAUGGUUGCAUGUCACAUGACCACAUGAACUUAAAACCGUGAUUCCAGUAUGCCAAAGCCAAUGAUUUACCAUUUAUUAUUUUCCCCGUCCGCUACCGAGCCUCUCGCAGAUUAUAUGCAUGUAGCCAACAUUCGACCAGAUCAGGAUUUUCUAAAUUCAUCUCAUUCCUUGAGUCAUUGUGGAAGGAUGUCUCCGAAGCUCAGUGUUGUUUCUGGAGUUGGUGGAGCAAAGACUUCACUGUAGAAACUGCCACAACAGGGCUCAAGUGUUCCGUGGGACGGUCCCACAAAUCCAGCCGAGGCAGGAAUACACGAUGAUGAAAAUGUUUCUGUUGUUGUGCCGCGUUCAUCUGACCUUUUCUCAAAUCCUUUUGUUAUGCGAUCUUACAUGAGCGUAAUGUCAACAUUGAAGUUCUCUGAGCUGUCUGUCUGUCUGUUACCCUGCAAGUAAAGAUGUCAAAGAUGUCCACUUUUAUCGCCAGGCUUUUUGCCUCCUCUCUCCACAGUGCUAUUUUGGGAUUCCAUUCAACAUCCACUGCAGCUGUCAUCCAAAAGUCGGAAGCUAGUUAUGAUAGCAUGGUAGCUCCAGCAGGUACACUCACCAUCUGUCGUAGUUUCUAUCAGAGUCCUGGGCUCGUAAUCUGCUUAUCAUCCAUGAAGAACAUGAAGAGACCCUGACGCUGGAACAGGAGGGAUGACAACAUCUGGAUUUGAAAUGCAAAAGCAGAUGAUGGUUUAUUGCCAAGAAAUUUGCUGGUGAGGCUAGGGAGGAGUAUCUGUGGGAGUAUGAUGUUUGCUGACCACAUAGUCAUCUGCAGUGAGAAUGAAGAUGAGAUGAGAUGGAGGAGAAGCUGGAGAGGUGGAGGAAUGAAGCUCAGUAGAAGCAAGUGAGUCAAUGACAGGGAGGAAGGAGGUGAGGAGUAGAGGAAGUGCUAGCAGAUGAGUUCAAGUGGACUGAGAUGAGGUGAAGAGGAGAGUGCAGACAGGGUGGAACACACAGAGAUGAGCAGCCGGUGUGAAAGAAAAGGCUAGAAAUGGAAGUACCGGGCAGAAGAAGGGGGCGAUAACGCUAGAGGUUCAUGGGGGUAAUGAAGGACAAGAAGAGGAGUGGAACCAGAUGGGUAUCAACAAACAGUAUCGCAGGGUUGAUGAAACAGUGUCCUAAUUUUCAGAGGCCACUAGAUGGCGCUCUUGGUUUAGAAAUGUGAGAUUUCAUUCAAUCAUUUGCUCUAGUCCAAACAUUUUACAGCAGAC